AUGAUGCAUAUAUCUACAAAUUUAUGCAUAUUUUAUAAUAUACAUAUACUAAAUAUAACACAAUAUAUUAUUGAAAACAAUAUAUGGAAUAGCCUUGGUUACAAAAAUGUAUAUUGCAAUCUUUUUAGUUUCUGGAUAUAUGAUAAAUUAGUAACUAAUUACAUGGGAAGCACAUCUAUUGCUAAUAUCAUCUACCCUAAAAUUCAAGACAUAUUCAUACAAGCUUCUUCAUUAUAUGAUAAAUCCUUUCAUCCAAUAUGUCAACUUGAUUCUAAAAUGACUAAAUAUGAUGAUUGGAAAAAGGCAAAAAAAUUAUAUGAUUAUUGUCUAGAUUAUGAAACAGUUAAGGAAAUGUAUAAGCCCGAUACAGAGAAUUGCAAAGAAUAUCAUGAAUACUUUGAUCAUGAAAAAGAUGUGUAUAUUUAUUUUAAGGAAUAUUGUAAUUCUAGUAGUGGUGAUCAGUGUCCAAUAUCAGAUGAGAUAUUUAAUAAAUGCGAUCCAGAAAUGGUAUUAAAGGACCAUAGCUGCAUCACUGGAACGACUGAAACAGAUAACAGUGUUAUGGAGCAAUCUUUAAGCAUACAUGAAAAUAAUUCAAUUGAACAAGAAAACAAAAUGACAAAAAUAGCCUUAUUUACAACUUUUGAGGACCCCAAAUUAGGAGGUGAGAAUCCCAACCCUCUAGCAAUGCUCGGUAAUAUCAUUUUAGGAGGAAUCAUCACUUCAUUGAUUUUUGGUAUUUUAUAUAAAUAUACAACCAUAGGUAGUCAGUUAAGAAAUAUCAUUGUAAAUAUAAAAAAGGUGAUAAGUUAUCAUAAUAAAGAAGACAGUGAAUUAUAUACUGAUGCAUCAGAUUAUCUUAAACCUUAUUAUCAGGAUCCAAAAGAACAUUAUGUUGGAUACUGCGUUUCGUAG